CAUUUGCUUUUUAAUGGAACCCCAAGAUCUGUUUCGCAAAGCCAUUUGCAAAUGUUGAUUCUUGGAUGGUUUUGAAGUGGACCUCAUUAUCUUCUGCACCUAUGAGCCUUGUACUGGGAGAACUGGAAUAUGAACAUGAGGUCACCUAAGAAAAUUUUGAACAGGAAGAGCUAGUGGACUAGACAUUCAUCUGGAGAAAUCUUUCCCCUCCCCAGAUUUAUUGUGUCAUCAUUCCAGUCCCUGUUUUUGUUGGAAACUUGCAAGCUAGAAGACAUGUCCAUUGCACUGAAGCAAGUUUUUAAUAAGGACAAGACAUUCCGUCCCAAACGGAAAUUUGAACCUGGAACACAGAGGUUUGAACUUCACAAACGAGCUCAGGCCUCACUGAACUCUGGAGUGGACCUGAAGGCUGCUGUCCAGUUACCCAGUGGAGAAGAUCUCAAUGACUGGGUAGCAGUUCAUGUGGUUGACUUUUUCAACAGGAUCAACUUGAUCUAUGGAACGAUCUGUGAAUUCUGCACAGAAAGGACCUGCCCUGUGAUGUCAGGUGGGCCAAAGUAUGAAUAUCGGUGGCAGGAUGAUCUGAAGUACAAGAAACCUACAGCAUUGCCAGCACCUCAGUAUAUGAAUCUUUUAAUGGAUUGGAUUGAAGUGCAAAUCAACAAUGAAGACAUAUUUCCUACUAGUGUAGGUGUACCGUUCCCAAAGAAUUUCCUCCAGAUCUGCAAGAAGAUCUUGUGCAGGCUGUUUAGAGUGUUUGUUCAUGUCUACAUUCAUCACUUUGACCGCAUCAUCAUCAUGGGGGCUGAAGCCCACGUCAACACUUGUUACAAGCACUUUUAUUAUUUCGUGACGGAGCUCAACCUCAUAGACCGCAAGGAACUAGAGCCUUUGAAAGAGAUGACAGCAAGGAUGUGUCACUGAAGUGCUGCAGUUGAGUGAAAGAAAAAUGCAAUUUCCUGCUGAGUGAAGAAGAGCUAGAGGAUACACCAGCCCUCGUGAGGGAAAAUAAUAUGGCCUGGUUGAUUCUUUUAAAAGCAGGAAAGUCAGGAAAAAGAGAAGAUUAUUGAUUUCCCAGACACUCCCCACAGUCCUGAUGUAUGCUCUUAACCCUAAAAAUGCUGCUAGGUACCUCCUUGAAGUGAUCUGGACAACUUGGAAUGAAAGCCACUCUUUUUCCAUACUCCCUGAUCGAUGGAAGAGAGGACUUCAUGAAACAGAGUACAAAUCCGUUCCAUCCGCCUUCCUGCUCUCAAAGGUUUACUACCAUUUUUAGUUUCUAGGCCUAUUUUUGAAACUGACUUUAUUGUUAAGAGGAAAGUUGUGAAACUGUGGUGCUCAGUGCAUUGUUCUGCAUGUACAGUGUGGAUUGAGAGCCUGUGUUCCUGCUCUUUCUAUACCUCGAGGCCACCUUAGAACAGACAACCUGACAUUUGCCUGAAACAAAAAGCACCAGGUUUAAUAUCUCAGACUACCGUCCAAAUUAUCUAUAACUCAGGCAGGGAAGAGGCCUUCCACUCAGUGAAACAGGCAAACUGCAUCUCCAUUUCACCAAGGUUCACCCCCAGUGGGUGGCUUCUGAGGUACUGCUGGUUGUGUGCCUACUUCCCCUUCCCUUCCUUAUAUAAUGUCUGUCUAACAUUGAUACCUUAACAGAUAAGCUAGUAUUAGCUCAUAUCUGGGAACCAACGGCAGCGAUACCCUGAGGAAUUAGCCC